AUGUCGCGUGUUCUGUGUGACCGGUCGCAGCCGUACCAAGCAGUGCGAAGAGCUUCUUUCGUCAAAACCAGGCGGAGCCAUCUGAAGCGUCGCUACGACGCGAAAACACCGCUAAGAACGAAGGGACGGCCACAGAAAACUGCCUCACAGCAGUCUUUAGAACGAGAGAGUGCGAAAAACGAAGAGUGCGGCAGGCGAGAGAGCACAUCGCAAAUGAGAGACGGAGGAAGGAGAUAGUACAGGAAAAUGAGAGGGCGGUUAGCGUUCCCUCUGCCCUCUCAAUUCACUGACGACGAGAGAGUGCAAAAGGGGCGGAGAGUAGGCAGAGGGGUAGCGUAAAAAGGGGAUUCGAUUCUCUCCGCCGCAAAAGGCUCAGUCAGCUGGGUUCGUCUGGUGUUGAGCGGUCGGUCGAUUCGGUCGUAUUGUUAUUGGAGGUAUAAAUGUUGGGAUAAGAUAGUAGAGGGUUGUAAAAUGGGUUUACCAAAGUUUCAUAGGCUUAUUUUAAGGUUUAGCAUUGAUUUGGGGGAGUUUUGUUCGAAAAAGCGUGACAUUUUCUAGUUUUCCUGAAAAUUCGGAGAUUUCAUCAUUUUUUCGUUAUUGAUUCAUCGAAAUAUGGGUGGGGAAAGUUGAUAACAAGUAUAUAAGGGGUUUAUAUUGUUCAUUUGAUUGUUAUAGUGGUUUAGUUUUGUUGUGCGGGCUCCAGAUAUUGUUUUAGAUAGAUUGUAUUAGGAAACAUUGAUUAUUGCUUUGAAUUUUAGGAGUAAAUUAGAUUUUUUGGAUAAAAAGUUUUAAAAGAUAUCAUUUAUGUUAUAUUCAAGUUUUAGGUUGAUAUUUCCUUGCUUUUUGUAUUAUUUUAGACGACAUUUUUGUGAUUCACUAUAACAAUAUCGCGAUAUUGAUUUUUUCCUGUUCCAACUAUUAACCUCAACUUUUUCAGUUCCGAAUCAAAUUUACUGCGCUGAAAAUGCAAAUUUUCGUCAAAACCCUAACCGGCAAGACCAUCACCUUGGAGGUGGAAGGCAGCGAUACUAUCGAGAAUGUCAAGGCCAAGAUCCAGGACAAGGAAGGCAUUCCCCCAGAUCAACAACGUCUGAUCUUCGCUGGAAAGCAACUGGAGGAUGGUCGCACCUUGAGCGACUACAACAUCCAAAAGGAGUCGACCUUGCACUUGGUUCUUCGUCUGAGAGGAGGUAUGCAAAUCUUCGUCAAGACCUUGACUGGAAAGACCAUCACCUUGGAAGUUGAGGCUUCUGACACCAUCGAGAACGUCAAGGCCAAAAUCCAAGACAAGGAAGGAAUCCCACCAGACCAACAACGUCUGAUCUUUGCUGGUAAGUUCAAUUUUUUGAUUGUUUUUGUGAUUUUAGGGCUAAAUCGGCUAGUUUAUGGAAUUGAAGUAGUUUUUAGUUUCCUAGGCUAUAGAGUAGUUUGCUCUCAGGUUAAUGAAUGUUUUAAGAUACUUUAAGACUUGAACAAUAUUAAUUUUACCAUCUUUUAGGCAAGCAAUUGGAAGAUGGUCGUACUUUGUCCGACUACAACAUCCAAAAGGAGUCCACCCUUCACUUGGUUCUUCGUCUUCGUGGAGGUAUGCAAAUCUUCGUCAAGACCUUGACUGGAAAGACCAUCACUCUCGAAGUCGAAGCCUCAGACACCAUCGAAAACGUGAAGGCCAAGAUCCAAGACAAGGAAGGAAUCCCACCAGACCAACAAAGAUUGAUCUUCGCUGGAAAGCAAUUGGAAGAUGGAAGAACCCUUUCGGACUACAACAUCCAGAAGGAGUCCACCCUCCACUUGGUCCUCCGUCUUCGUGGUGGAAUGCAGAUCUUCGUCAAGACUCUCACUGGUAAAACCAUCACCUUGGAAGUCGAGGCUUCUGACACCAUUGAAAAUGUCAAGGCCAAGAUUCAGGAUAAGGAAGGUAUCCCUCCAGACCAACAGAGAUUGAUCUUUGCUGGUAAGUUUUGAAGUUUUUAGUUAAAUUAGUGAAGACAAUUCGUUUUUAAGAUAUUAUUGGCGUAAAAUAGCUAUUUUUGAUUUUGUCAAUCUAUUUUUUGAAUUGUUAUUAUAAACUAGGCCUAAAGUUUAAUUUUUUAGAACUUAAAUCUAAUUUUCUGUAUUUCAGGUAAACAAUUGGAAGAUGGCCGCACCUUGUCCGACUACAACAUCCAAAAAGAAUCCACCCUUCACUUGGUUCUCAGACUCCGUGGUGGUAUGCAAAUUUUCGUCAAAACUUUGACUGGAAAGACCAUUACCCUCGAAGUCGAAGCCUCAGACACCAUUGAGAACGUCAAGGCCAAGAUCCAAGACAAAGAAGGCAUCCCACCAGACCAACAACGUCUCAUCUUCGCCGGAAAACAACUGGAAGACGGUCGCACACUAUCGGACUACAACAUUCAGAAGGAAUCUACUCUCCACUUGGUCCUUCGGCUUCGUGGAGGUAUGCAGAUCUUCGUCAAAACACUAACCGGAAAAACGAUCACAUUGGAAGUGGAGGCAUCGGACACGAUUGAAAACGUUAAGGCCAAGAUUCAAGACAAAGAAGGUAUCCCACCAGACCAGCAACGUCUGAUCUUUGCCGGAAAGCAAUUGGAAGAUGGAAGAACUUUGUCUGACUACAACAUUCAGAAGGAAUCUACAUUGCACUUGGUGCUCCGAUUGAGAGGUGGAAUGCAAAUCUUCGUCAAGACUCUCACUGGCAAAACCAUCACCCUUGAAGUCGAAGCCUCAGACACGAUCGAAAACGUGAAGGCCAAGAUUCAAGACAAAGAAGGAAUCCCACCAGACCAACAGAGGUUGAUCUUCGCCGGAAAACAGCUGGAAGAUGGAAGAACCCUCUCGGACUACAACAUCCAGAAGGAGUCCACCCUCCACUUGGUCCUCCGUCUUCGUGGAGGUAUGCAGAUCUUCGUUAAGACGUUGACCGGCAAAACCAUCACCUUGGAAGUCGAAGCCUCAGACACCAUUGAGAAUGUCAAGGCCAAGAUCCAAGACAAGGAAGGCAUUCCCCCAGACCAACAACGUCUCAUCUUUGCCGGCAAACAACUCGAAGAUGGCCGCACUUUGUCCGACUACAACAUCCAAAAGGAAUCCACUCUUCACUUGGUCCUCCGUCUUCGUGGUGGCCAAUAA